CCUCAGAAUCUCCAGCAACAGUUCCCACGAACUCUGAUCAGGAGCAGAGCUCACCACUGAAGACUAUAAAUGACCUGAGGAUUCCUCUCUUCACAACUAUUCUGCUGCUUCUUCCUCAACUGCUGCUUCAACAAAGAGAGCCUUCCUUAGCCUGUGUUGUGGAAAAGUAGCAUCUCUUUUUUUAAGAGUUAAAGAAUUUUUAUAAGAUUUGCUGAGAAAAGCUGGAGGAAUCUUUUUCUUAUAAAAUCCUCCAGCUCAAACAUGCCUCUCUGGUUUAAGUACUCAUCGAUUCAGCUGUGAUCUACAAUAAUGUGAGGAAACUUUUGGCUGCUUUUUUGUGCUUCUGGAGGAAAUCUGCAUCUUUCUCAUACAACAAAAGGAUCACCCAAAGCUUUGGAACACUUCUGUAAUUUUUGGGGGAAAUUCACCAGCAAAAGGAAGCCCAGGCAAAAUCCUCCAGAGCAACUCCUAACACAGAGAUCCAAACCUCACACUUGCUCCCAUCAGAAAGCAGAAGUACGACUUCUUGGACCUCCUGGUGUUUUUGUCUCUAAGCCAUGGCGUUCGCUGACCUGCUGGAGCAGGUGGGCAGCACAGGCCGUUUCCAGGUUGUGCAUGUCGCCCUGCUCUCCAUGCCCAUCUUCAUGAUGGCCAGCCACAACCUGUUGCAGAACUUUGCGGCCGCUGUGCCGCCUCACUUCUGUGCUGCCCAUGCCAACCUGUCUGGCCCAACACUGAGCCCAGAAGACAAACUGCUCAUCAGCGUGCCGCUGGACAAGUACGGCAAGCCUGAGCGCUGCAAGCGGUAUGUAAACCCACAGUGGCAGCUGAUCUCUAACGGCUCUGAGGACGAGACGGACUGGGAGGCAAAAGAGCAAAAACCCGAACUGCAGGGAUGUGUGGAUGGAUGGACUUACAACAUGAGUGAGAUGUCUUCAACCAUCAUUACAGAGUGGGAUAUGGUUUGUGAAUCACGAUCUCUGAAGCCAAUGGGACAGACUAUUUACAUGGCAGGAGUAUUUGUGGGCGCAAUGGUGUUUGGGGGACUGUCUGACAGGUUCGGCCGGCGUAAUUUGCUUCUGAUCUCUCACCUGAUGAUGGCGGUGGGCGGGACAUGCGCUUCCUUUGCCACCUCCUUCUACCUUUUCUGUCUGUUCCGCUUUUUCUGCGGUAUGGCUCUGUCUGGCUUGGUCCUCAAUUCUUUCUCCCUUGUGGUGGAGUGGAUCCCUACUCGUAUAAGGACAGUGGUGGGCACGUUCACAGGAUACUGCUACACUCUCGGCCAGCUGCUUUUAGCAGCAGUGGCCUACACCAUCAGAGACUGGCGCUGGCUCACACUGGCCGUCUCUGUGCCCUUCUACGUCUCCUUCCUCUACUCAUGGUGGUUCGUGGAGUCUGCACGGUGGCUUGUCCUGAGCAAUAGGCCUGAACAGGCCGUCAAAAACCUUAAGGCUGUGGCUCGCUUCAAUGGUCGUCGGGAAGAGGGGGACAAAAUCAAUAUAGAGGUUCUGCAGCAGUCCAUGAAUAAGGAAAUGGCUUGCUCGCAAAAGUCUCACAAUGCAUUGGACCUGAUACGUACCCCCACGAUGAGAACCAUCACUAUCUGCCUCAGUGCAGUCUGGUUCUCCACAAGCUUCGCCUACUAUGGUAUUGCCCUGGACUUACAGAAAUUUGGAGUGGACAUAUAUUUGAUCCAGGUGAUCUUUGGAGCCGUGGAUAUUCCAUCUAAAGUCAUUAUUACGUUAUCUAUGAGUAAGUUAGGGCGGAGGGUCUCCCAGUGUUCAGCGCUUAUAAUGGCUGGAAUUUGCAUCCUCGUCAAUCUGCUGGUUCCCUAUGAACAGCAAACACUGCGUACCAGUCUGGCAGUGAUUGGGAAAGGCUGCUUGGGUGCCUCCUUCAACUGCUGUUACCUUUUCUCAGGGGAACUGUUCCCCACAGUAGUCCGGCAGAGUGGAAUGGGAUGGGUAUCGAUGAUGGCUCGCGUGGGGGCCAUGGUGGCUCCAAUGGUGCUCCUGACGGGGGAUAGUUUGCCAUGGCUGCCAGGGGUAAUCUACGGAGGAACUCCCAUCCUGUGCGGAAUGUUUGCCUACUUCCUCCCUGAGACACUAUCAGCUCCCCUCCCAGACACUAUCCAGGAUGCUGUGGACAGAGGAUUCAGAUGGAGAAAACCAUCAUCUAAAAAGGAGGAAGUGGCCAUGAAAGACCCCAGCGAAAGCCUGCUGAAAGAAUCACCUUGAGACAUUCCUACAGUCUACAGAGAGCUGCCUGCUUCUGGACAACCCAGUUCAGCAGCACCAGACCAUCUAAACUCACAUGCGAUCCAAGGAAAAAUGUAGCAGAACAGCAGAGUAAAGAUGUAAAUCUGGGUUUGCACUUCAGGUUUUCUACUGGUAAUACUGAAGGAGUAUGAGAGUGCGAGGACUUUGUUGAACAGUUACCUCAGUAUAAAACUAGCGCUAUCUUAACUGGAUUACCAAAGUUUUUACACUAGAAUGUAGAUGAAGAUGACUUGAUGACUUAAUGAAUUGAUAGUAAAUUAAUGUUACAUGUCAGGUAAAUUACAUUAAAUCACUGAGCUUUUUACAUGUGAAUGUGUAUUAUUUUGUGAAUAGUAUAAAACAAACAAAUAAAGCUUUAUAAAGUUUCUUCUAA